AUGAAGGCAACAGGUACCUUAGUGCUUCUCAGCCUGCUGCUGCUCUCUCUCUUCUCAGAUGUAGCAGGUCAAGACAUUGAAGAGAUUUGUAGAGAGUUUGUAAACAGAAGCGUGUACUGCACAAGGGAGUCCAACCCUCACUGUGGCACUGAUGGCAUCACGUAUGGCAACAAGUGCGCCUUCUGCAAGGCAGUGCUGAGAAGUGGAGGGAAGAUAAGAUUGAAGCACCUGGGGAAAUGCUGA